CCGGCGCGCGGCUGCGCACUCACGGUUCCGUCCCUCUCCCCCUGUGUUUGUUAUUGUUGUGCGGUUCUGGCUGCUCCUGCCCCGCCCCUGUCAACUCAUCUUCGACCAAUCAAUAGGGUGGUAAUUUUGAGGGACAAGUACUGAAAGCCAAUCACUUUGUCGGAAACUUAGAGAAACGGGACUAGGGCCUGUCUCUAUCCGCCAUGUUAGAUUCACCCCGCAGGGAGAGCAGCAGAUCUGGCAGCGGACGGUCCUUGCACCGGCCUCCGGCAGGCGCCCCCCGGGGGCGGGAAACUGCCCCACAGUAUGGAACCACAGGUUACUCUAAAUGUGACCAAAGGUUACUGUAUCUCACCCACCCAAUCAGUUCUAGCCCCACAGCAUGGAACCACAGGUUACUGUAAAAAUAAAACUCAAAGCUUUCUGGUUUCUGAUCCAGAAAUUACAACGUGGGCUGAUGUUGAAGCAAUGGUAAAAGUUUCAUUUGAUCUGAACACUAUUCAGAUAAAAUACCUGGAUGAGGAAAAUGAAGAGGUUUCCAUCAACAGUCAAGGAGAGUAUGAAGAAGCACUUAAGAUGGCGGUUAAACAAGGAAACCAACUGCAAAUGCAAGUCCAUGAAGGUUACCAUGUUGUUGAUGAAGCCCCACCCCCAGUUGUAGCAGAAAAACGGCCAGUUUUGAGGACAGGGAAGAAGACACUUGCCCAUUAUUCUUCCCUGGUGAGAGUCUUAGGAUCAGAUAUGAAGACCCCAGAGGAACCUGCAGCACAGCAGUUUCCACCUGCCCCAUGUGAUACAGACCAGCCUGAGGACAAGCCCCCAGACUGGUUCACAAGCUACCUGGAGACGUUCCGAGAGCAAGUGGUUAAAGAAACGGUUGAAAAGCUUGAACAGAAAUUACAUGAGAAGCUUGUCCUCCAGAACCCUUCCUUGGGUUCCUGUCCCUCAGACGUCUCAAUGCCUAUUUCAGAGGAAACACUGUUCUUGCCAGAAAACCAGUUCAACUGGCAUAUCGCUUGCAGCAGCUGCCAAAGGAGGAUCAUUGGUGUGCGCUACCAAUGCAGCCUGUGCUCAUCGUACAAUAUCUGCGAAGAUUGUGAAUCAGGCCCAUAUGCCCAUGACUCUAACCAUGUCCUGCUGAAGUUGCGGAGACCUGUUGUGGGUUCCUCUGAAACAUUCUCUCACUCAAAGUUCUCUACUCCUCGUCUUCCUGCUGCUCUGGAACAAGCCAGGCUCCAGAAACAGGUUGACAAGAACUUUCUUAAAGCAGAAAAGCAAAGACUUCGAGCUGAGAAGAAACAGCGUAAAGCAGAGGUCAAGGAACUUAAGAAGCAGCUUAAACUCCAUAGAAAGAUUCAUCUCUGGAAUUCAAUCCAUGGACUUCAGAGCCCUAAGUCUCCUUUGGGCCGACCAGAGAGCCUACUGCAGUCUAACACCUUGAUACUCCCUUUGCAGCCCUGUACCCCAGUGAUGCCAACCCUCAGUGCAGCAUUUGUGGAUGAGAAUUUGCCUGAUGGGACUCAUCUUCAGCCAGGAACCAAGUUUAUCAAACACUGGAGAAUGAAAAAUACAGGAAACGUAAAGUGGAGUGCAGACACAAAGCUCAAGUUCAUGUGGGGAAACUUGACUUUGGCCUCUACAGAAAAGGAUGUCUUGGUUCCCUGUGUCAAGGCUGGCCAUGUGGGAGUUGUGUCUGUGGAGUUCAUCGCCCCAACCCUGGAGGGAACAUAUACUUCCCAUUGGCGUCUGUCUCACAAGGGCCAGCAGUUUGGGCCUCGGGUCUGGUGCAGUAUCAUCGUGGAUCCUUUCCCCUCUACUGAUAGGCCUAAUGACAAAGAAAAGAGUAUGAUCAGCUCAAGCAAAGCUGAUGACCUCACCUGCCAGCAAGAGGAAACUUUUCUUUUGGCUAAAGAAGAAAUUCAACUUAGUGAAGCAACUGAGCAGACGGAAGGGCCAAGAACCUGCAUCCCACCCAAGACAAAAAAUACUGCCAGCGAGAGGGAGCUCUACAUUCCCUCCGUGGACCUUCUGACUGCCCAGGAUCUGCUGUCCUUUGAGCUGUUAGAUAUAAACAUUGUCCAAGAGUUGGAGAGAGUACCCCACAACACCCCUGUGGAUAUGACUCCUUGCAUGUCUCCUCUGCCACAUGACAGUCCUUUAAUAGAGAAGCCAGGCUUGGGGCAGAUACAGGAAGAGAGUGAAGGGGCAGGAUUUAAAGCACUUCCUGAUUCCACAGGGGCAGUAAAGAGGAGAGCUGAGAACAGUGCUUCCACAGAGGAAGGAGAAGAUGACCUGAGUGGGACCCAGUUUGUGUGUGAGACUGUAAUCCGAUCCCUUACCUUGGAUGCUGCCCCAGAUCACAACCCCCCUUGCAGACAGAAGUCCCUGCACAGGGCAGAAUUACAGCCGCAUGCCACAGAAGAACAGCAGCCAGUGGUACUCUCUGGAUUCUGCAGUAAGGACUCUUCUUUGAGAUUUUCCUUGCCUGAAGAAGGACCACUUGAAGAUGAGAGGGAGGAAAUUGUCCAUAUUGCUGAAGAGGAAGCAAUCACGGAAGAGGAAGAUGAGCUCAAAGAUGAAGUUCAGAGUCAGUCCUCUGCUUCUUCUGAGGAUUACAUCAUCAUCUUGCCGGAGUGCUUUGACACCAGCCGCCCCCUGGGGGACUCCAUGUACAGCUCUGCCCUCUCCCAGCCAGGCCUGGAGCGAGGGGCUGAGGGCGAGCCUGUGGUUGAGACUGGGCAAGAACCAGUUGAGGCUGGGGAGAGCUCCCCUGGAAAGGAAAGCCAAGCACAGGAGCACAGCAUCAAUGACAUCCUCACAACCUCACAGACUCUGGACACAGUGCCCCUGACCCCAGAGGUGGUAGGGCCUCCGCCACGGCUGCUCAGGAGUCCUCCUCGUGCGCAGCAUCAUGGUUCCCCAGGAGUGGACUUACCAGUUACCAUACCAGAAGUUUCUUCAGUCCCCGAUCAGAUCAGAGGAGAGCCCAGAGGCUCAUCAGGACUUGUAAACAACAGACAGAAGAGCUAUGAUCACUCAAGGCAGCACCAUCACGGGAGCAGCAUUGCUGGAGGGCUGGUGAAGGGGGCUUUGUCUGUCGCCACCUCUGCGUACAAGGCCCUGUUUGCUGGGCCGCCCGUCACUGCACAGCCAGUAGUUUCUGAAGAAAAGACAGCAGCCUUGAUGGCCCAUCUCUUUGAAAUGGGAUUCUGCGACAGGCAGCUGAACCUGCGGCUGCUGAAGAAGCACAAUUACCACAUCAUUCAUGUGGUGACGGAGCUGCUCCACAUCAGCAACAACGACUGGUACAGCCACCGCUACUGAGGAGUGACCUUGUAUUAAAUGACUUUGCCUGCUGCUCACAGAUUAUCUUUAUUCUGUCGGUGGGGUGUGGGGUAGAAGCCCUUGAUUAUUUUUAACUUGAAUCUACAUAGAGCCCAUUGUUAAAUUAUCGAGACAGUGCCUGCGUCACAGUGUUUUUUGGAGCAAAUCAAAGACCAGAACUUAAAUUUUCACUGUAGACAUUGGAUGAAUAGUAGGAAGAUUUUCAACUGAUUUGGGUAAAAUUUCGUUUUCCGUUUUAGUGCAUUGAAGAGUAUAACUUCUGUAGAACCAUUUUUCUUUCUGCUAGUACUGAAGUUGAGUAUUUUUCUUUGAUUAAUGUUGAUGUUUCUAUGGGGAUAUCUGUUGUCAGUUUUUAAAAGAAAUUAACCCUAGGAGUUGUUUUUUAAAGUGAUUCUCACUUCUCUAACCUAUCCCCUAAGCUUCGUACUGCCUGGUACUGAAGUGACACCCAGAGCAUGAGAGGAUUGGUCUACUCUUCCUUUCCAAGGAAAAGGUCCUGCAAGAUUUAGUAAUCCCCACCAUAGUUUUCUGAGAACCCCACUAAUGUAUUGAAGAACAUCAGCUUCUGGGUAUCUGCACCUCAGUGGAGGGAGGUGGGGCAGUCUGCCCACCGGUACUUCAGCAUCCAGUAGCAUUUUGCAUAUUCUUCUUUCAUUUAAGGGGGAGAAACCUAGAUAGGUAGUAUGAAGUAUUUUGUUAAUCCUAUAGAAAAGGAAAGAAAGUCCUUAAUUUAAAAGAAAAAGAAAUUUAAGUUACAUUUUUUGUUAAUGUUUUGCUAAUGUUAGAUCUUAUUUACAUUAGAGUGGGAGGAAUGGAAACAAGUGCAAAGUGAAAGACAGGCUCUUAGUUAAUCUCAGUAAGUUCUGAGGGUGGGCAGAUGAGUGUGUGAGGCAUAAGAAGUUCUGAUGACUUCUUGAAUGUUCAAAAUUUGUUCAGAGGCCUGAGCACAGAGAGCCCAGAACAGGAAGAAGAGGCUAGUGUUUCUCAAGACCUGAGUGGGAACAAACUUGCUAUAGAAGUUUUGGGUUAACCCCAGGAUGAGUGGGAAAGAGAUUGCUUCCAGAGGGUCAGGGCCGCAAUGGCUUUCUCCAUGGGAGUCUUGGUACAACGGAUAAGGACGAGGUAAUAAAUAACGCUAAAGAUUUAUUCAUGAAAAUGACUUCCAGAAAAACAGGAAUUUGACCCCCAACCCAGAGGGGUAAAAUAGUAUUAUUUAACCUGGUUGGUAUUUAUAAUAAAUGGUGAUAUUAAUCAUUAGCCAUAAUGAUGUUUAUUUACAGUAUAAUGCUUGAAUACUAUUAAAUAAGCCAGGAUUCAAUAAGCCGACCAGGCUGUUCUUUAUUUUAAAAGUUUUUAUCCGGGCUUCUGGGUGGAGGCUGAGCAGCAGGGUAUGUGUAAUUGACUGGGUUGAUUGCCAUGGGGACCUCUCGCGAGCGUCUGAGUUGUAUGGUAGGGUCCAGGAGGAUCCUUUGAGUCCGGCGUCGGCCCCGCUGCCCUUGUAUAUAACCACUUAAAGAAUGGUGAAAUAAAGGUUCUUUGAAACUCC